AAUAGAUUAGUUGAGCAUGAUUUGCCCUUGGUAAAUCCAUGCUGGCUCGUCCCAAUCCUAUCACUGCUAUCUAGAUAUGCCACUAUUUCAUCUUUAAUAAUGGACUCUAGCAUCUUCCCCACUACUGAUGUUAGGCUGACAGGAUGAUAGUUCUCUGUUUUCCCCCUCCCUCCUUUCUUAAAAAGUGGGAUAACAUUAGCCAUUCUCCAAUCCUCAGGAACUGAUCCUGAAUCUAAGGAACAUUGGAAAAUGGUUACCAAUGCAUCCGCAAUUUCCAGAGCCACCUCCUUUAUUACCCUAGGAUGCAGACCAUCUGGACCUGGGGACUUGUUAGCCUUCAGUCCCAUUAGUCCCGUUUCCUUCCUAAUGUCAAUCUGUUUCAUUUCCUCUGUUACCCUAUGUCCUUGGCCCAUCCAUACAUAUGGGAGAUUGCUUGUGUCUUCCUAUUCAAGACAGAUCUAAAGUACUUAUUAAAUUCUUCCAUUUCUGUUUCCCAUAACAAUUUCAACCAAUUCAUUCAAGAGCCCAACAUUGUUCUUAACUAACUUUUUUCUCUUCACAUACCAAAAAAAAAGCUUUUGCUAUCCUCUAUAUUCCUGGCUAGCUUGUGUUCGUAACUCAUUUUUUCUCCCUGUAUUGCCUUUUUAGUUAAGUUCUGUUGUUCCUUAAAAAUUUCCCAAUCAUCUGUCCUCCCACUCACCUUAGCACUGUCAUAUUUUUUUUAAUGCUAUGCAAUCUCUGACUUCCUUUGUCAACCACUGUGGCCCCUUUCUCCCCUUUGAAUCCCUCCUUCUCCGGGGGAUGAACUGAUUUUGCACCUUGUGCAUUAUUCCCAAGAAUACCUGCCAUUGCUGUUCCACUGUCUUUUCUGCUAGGAUAUCUGUCCAUUUAACUUUGGCCAGCUCCUCCCUCAUGGUUCCAUAGUCUCCUUUGUUCAACUGCAACACUGACACCUCUGAUCUGCCCUAAUCCCUCUCAAAUUGCAGAUAAAAACUUAUCAUAUUAUGGUCACUACCUCCUAAUGGCUCCUUUACUUCAAGAUCGCUUAUCAAAUCCUGUUCAUUACACAAGACUAAAUCCAGAAUAGCCUUGUCCCUGAUCAGCUCUCAUACAAGCUGUUCCAAGAAUGCAUCCUGUAGGCACUCUACAAACUCCCUAUCGUGGGGCCCAGCACCAACCUGAUUCUCCCAGUUCACCUGCAUGUUGAAAUCCCCCAUAACUACUGCAACAUUACCUUUGCCACAUGCCGAUGUUAACUCCCUAUUCAACUUGCACCCAAUAUCCAUGCUACUGUUUGGUGGCCUGUAGACAACACCCAUUAGGGUCUUUUUGCCCUUACUGUUCCGCAGUUCUAUCCACACACUCUACUUCUCCUGAUCCUAUGUGUUUUCUUUUCUUCUCCCCCCCCCCCCCCCCCGGCAAAGGACUGAAUCUCAUUCCUCACCAACAGGGCCACCCCUCCCCCUCUGCCCCACAUUUCUGUCCCUAUAUUACUAUGUCCCUACGUUAAGUUACUGAUUUCUCUCUUUCCCCCCCCCCCACACAUCUGAUUACUGGCUCAUGGACUCUGGUUUCCCUCACCAAGUCUACAAUCAGUUCCUUGGUCUUGUCAUUGAGUGUGAGGUUGUUAUUGCACCACUCAGCCAAAUUUUCAAUCUCUCCUGCACGCAGCCUGGUGUCAUCAGCAAACUUGUAUAUGGUAAACAAAGUACACUGCAGAUGCUGUGGUCAAAUCAACAUGUACAAAAGCUGGAUGAACUCAGCAGGUUGAGCAGCAUCCGUUGAAAGGAGCAGUCAACGUUUUGGGUUGAGACCCUUCGUCAGGACUAAGGGAGUGGGCAGGGGCCCGAUAAAGAAACUUGUAUAUGGUGUUGGAUCUGCUCUUGCCACAUAGUCAUGGGUACAAAGCAAGUAGAGCAGGCUUUACUUUUUGUUGUUCGUAAGGUGGUCUUAGUGGGGAUGGGCAUAGGGGAUUUGAGCUCCCAUAGCUUUUCAGUUUGGGGCGGUAUACAAAGGGGUGAUUAAUCUACUGGCUCAAUCUUUGGGAUAUGGGAGGGAACUGCAGCACUGGAGGGAAACCCAUGCAGUCAUGGGGAGAACAGUGCUAUCAACGUGGAGUUUACACGAGGUCAGGACCAAACCCAGGUCUCUGGAACUGAGGUGACAGCUCUAUUUGCUGCCCAGUAGCGGUGUCUUUUCCCCAGGGCGAGGGGAAAGGAGGUAAGCAUGUGGAACAAGCUGCUAGAGGAAGUGGUUGAAGCAGAUACCAUUGAAGAAGCAUUGGGAAAGGUGUGUGGAUGAACAGGUCAGGAGAUUAUUUGGUCACAUGGGUGUAAUUGGGUGGUGUGGUCUCACUGGGCCUGUAAUGGUGGUGAUCUCUAAGUUUGUAGCAGCCUUGAUGGGCUGAAUGGACUAAUUCUGCUCCUGUUUAUGGAGGAAUGGGGUUUAGGGGGAUAUGGAAUAAACACAGGAAAUCGGGACCAGCUGGGUGGCAUGGGUCAGCAUUGAGCGGUUGGGCUGAAGAGCCUUCAGAAGUGCUACUAACCCAACUCUAACAGACAAGAUUGGGAUGUUACUGUGUGUAGGUGAGGCCAAAUUAGUCGUAAUGUGUGCAGUUCUGGUCACUUACUGUAUAGGAAAUGCAUCAUAAGAUUGAAAGUGAAGAUAAAGUUUGCAAGGAUGUCAAACAGAUGCUGAAAACCCAGAGGACCACAUAACCUUAGCAGGUCAGGCAGCAUCUGUGGAGGAGAAUAGAGAAAUGUUUUGCACCAAAACUCUUCAUUAAGAUGUUGGUAGGUCUUGAGUACUUGAUGUUAUGAAAGUGAAGCCACUCUGAGGGGCUGAAGGGUACAAAGUCGCCCCCCCCUCCUUUUUGAGAAUCGCAAGAUCGCUAUUAUUUCGGGUCUGAGACCCAGGAAAUGAGAGAGAGAGACACACACAGAAUACACAACCAGGUGGAAUCUCUCCUGACAUAAGCUGAAUGGAACCAUUGAUUACUGCUAUUGUCUCUUGGAGAAGGAAUUGUGUAUUGAGUACUGUACUAUUCAUUGAAACCCCUCAGGGGACAACCAGAGUGGGCUGGUUGAGGGAUUGCAUCAUCCCAACCUGAUUGACAUCUGAGACCCCGUGAGUAAGGAUAAAAGAGAGGUCUGGGGAACAACCCCUUUAGACGCACCAGGAGAAACGCUAGAAAUCCCGUGACAGCGUUUUAUAGCAACAGCUGGUGGGGGCUCGUGUGUGUCUUCCCUUGCCUGGGUGGCGGGCUCAUCACGGAAGACAGUUUAGCUAAAGGAGAGGUCACACUUGAACGGCCAUGACAACGAGACACCGACGGAUCGAAAUCAUAAAGGAAGGUUGGCAAAAACCUUUAGUGGUCAAUGUUCUCUCCCUCUCUCUCUCUCUCUCUCUCCCCCCUCUUCUCCCCCCCCCCCCCACAGCGACAACCAAAAAGACGGCAGCUUGUGUGAGCUGCAGUGAACUUUAUAUUUCCAUUGGAUAAUACAUUAUCCCCUAGACAACGAUAAAGCUUAUUUCUUAUUGAUUAUUAUUAUACCUGCACUUUUAGGUUUAGUAUUGACUACGUCUAUUAUCUGUAUAUUUGCAUUAUAUUAUUUUUGUGUAUUUUUACUAAUAAAUACUGUUUAAAAAUAGUAUGAUCAGACUUCAACGGACGUCUCUAUCUUCGCUGAUAUGCUGGGUCCUGACCUGGCCACCAAUGCUGGUGGUGGAGCUGUGGCAGACUCGAUACCACAGAAGAGGGAUGAAGGGUCAGUGAUCGAUCCAGACUCGGCUGAUCACCUCCAGCGGAAGCUCAAAUUCUUCUUCAUGAACCCAUGCGAGAAAUUCCAGGCUCGUGGCCGUAAGCCCUGGAAGCUAGGCGUGCAGAUCUUGAAGAUAGCAAUGGUUACUGUACAGUUGGUGCUCUUUGGGCUCAGCAAUCAGAUGGUUGUUCUCUUCAAAGAGGAGAAUACUGUGGCUUUUAAGCACCUCUUCAUUAAGAAUUACGUGGACAGUGCCAGCAGUGGCUUUGCAAUCUAUACCCAAAGUGAAGUGUACGAGUAUCUUUCCUUCAUAUUUAGUCAGUAUGUUAAAUUGCCUAAGAUUUCUGUUGGUAACCAUGCUUACGAAAGGCGAGGGAGUGACCUGAUGCCAUUGACAAUGUGUCAGUAUUUCUACAAGUGGGGGAAUGUCAGUCCUGGCAAUGAGUCAUUCUUCAUUGACCCAAGGGUGGAGAGAGAGUGCCUGGACAUCAAACCAAUAAGCCAAAGCCUCCGUGCUCAGCUGGUGAACGGGAAGCUGAAUGUGACUCUGCAUUUCCACAGACUGUUAAUGAUUCAAGUCCAGUUUAAACUGAAAACCAUCAACCUUCAAACCAUCCGGCGUCAUGAGCUACCCGAUUGCUACGACUUCCUUGUGACUAUAACCUUUGACAAUAAACCUCACAGUGGAAGAAUUCAGAUUAAUCUGGACAACGAUGUUUCCAUUAGGAAAUGCAAAGGCCAACAUAUAACGGGAGAGGCACAAGGGAUGACCCACUACAUGAUUUUUGACAUCGUUAUUGUUGGAAUUUGUGUGAUCUCGCUGAUUCUCUGUACCCGGUCUGUGAUGAAUGGGAUACAGCUGCAACACGAGUUUGCUCAGUUUUUCUUGCUGCACUACAAUAAGCAGGUGACGUGGAGCGACCGCCUGGAGUUCCUGAAUGGUUGGUACCUUCUGAUCAUCGUAAGUGACCUCCUGACCAUUACUGGAUCCAUUCUGAAAAUAGAGAUCGAAGCCAAGAAUUUUGCAUUGUAUGACGUCUGCAGCAUUCUGCUGGGAACCUCCACCUUGUUUGUCUGGAUUGGUGUGAUUCGGUACCUGGGCUUCUUCCAGAAGUACAAUGUCCUGAUUUUGACCCUCCGGGCAGCGUUUCCGAAUGUGAUCCGCUUCUGCUGCUGUGCAUCCAUGAUCUACCUGGGCUAUUGCUUCUGCGGCUGGAUUGUGCUGGGGCCUUACCACCAUAAGUUUCGAUCGUUGACCAUGGUCUCGGAGUGCCUCUUCUCUCUCAUCAAUGGUGACGACAUGUACUUGACCUUCGCUUCGAUGCAGGACAAGAGCUACCUGGUCUGGCUGUUCAGCCGGCUCUACCUGUACUCCUUCAUCAGCCUCUUCAUCUACAUGGUGCUGAGUCUGUUCAUCGCCCUCAUCACGGGCACCUACGAAACCAUUAAACUUAACCAGCAGAACGGGUUUCCACAGACAGACUUGCACACGUUUGUAGCAGAGUGCAAGGACUUGCCGGACUCUGGGAGGUACCAAGUGAAAGAGGAGGUUCCUUUCUCCCUCUGCUGCUGUUGUAACAGGUCGAAGUCGGAGACAGAAACCUGAGAUUCUGGAUCCAUGCAGGAGAGAAACUCUACACUGGGUGAAGUGAAUGGUAGGGGGGUGGGGGGAUAAAUUGUUUUAUAUUCACUACAGUUCAGUUGUGUAUGUGACUUGUUUAAGCUGUAAAAGGCCCUUGGACUAAUGUGACCACAUCCCCUGCUGUUCUGAAGGAAUUAGCCAUGCCCUUAACCAGUCCAGACCAGGACAGGUAGUGUACAUAACACCAGGGCUGUGACUUCAACUGAACUUGCCUCAAGGUCACUUGCCCUUGUGUCGUCUUUAAUCUCAAGCCUUUGGACCACUAACUUUGUGGCACUGGAGAAGAAAACCGGAGUCUGGAUGAGGGGCUUUUGAGCUUGGUGGGCUGGAGGGUAUUGCACUGACCACGAGGAAAAACACUUGUAACUAGAACAAACCACUGUUUUGAGUUUGAAAACCUCAAUCUUUUGGUAAACCACAAUAAAUGCUGGAAAUUGCCAGUAGUGGGGUGUGGGUAUAUUGGGGUUGGUCUCUGCUAACUCCAUGAUGCAUUUCUGCUCACUGUCUGUGUUCCUUGCUGUUGGCACUGGGGACUGAGGACACAAGUUGAACAUCACUUUAAUUGGUUGGAUUACUCAUAAAGACAUCCCUGGAUGCUGGCGAUGAGGAAACACUCCACUGGACUGGAUAUUUGUCUGUGAAUUGUAAAAUUGUCUAUAAUUCAAGUGCUUGUUUUUAAACUAAUGAACCAUGUAUAAUUGAGAAUUAAUCUGUACUGAAAGUUUUGAAUGCAAACCAGGAAUGUUGUACAUUUAAACAUGAGGCUUAUCUUUUGGAAGAAAAAUAAAUCUCUAGCCAUUUGA